AUGCAAGUCAAAGGUGUAAUGGUUGCUCUUUUGAGCAUGUCUGUCAUUGCAGACGCCGCCGUGGUUCAACGAAGACAUCCCUUGGCUCGCGCACUCCAACGACGACAAUUUGGCGGCGGCGGCGGUUUCGGAGGCGGCAACGGCGGUGGUUUCGGAGGCGGCAACAACGGAGGUAACAACGGAGGUAACAACGGCGGCAACAAUGGCGGCAACAAUGGCGGCAACAAUGGCGGCAACAACGGCGGUAACAACGGCGGUAACAACGGCGGCGGCGGCGGCGGCAACACUCUCCAGGGCAACGCCGUACAGACCGGUUCACAGCAGGAUGGUAACAACCCCGGCUCGGAUGAGCAAGCAGCCUCGCAAACAGACGAUAACAACUUCAUCAACUUCUGUUCUGGCCAAACACUUACCAACGGAGAGCAAAACCGAGAUGGCUCAUGUAACGGAAUUCCCAUGGGAAAGAUCCCUUCAGCCAACAACAUGGUUUCCUCCGUCUUUACCAACCCUAAAAACGGUGACAACAUCCAGGCCAAUCAGGACUUUGACAUCUCCGUGCAGUUUAUCAACUUUGCACCUGGUUCUUUCACCAAUGCAACGUCCACUUACUAUUCGGCUCCUCAGGAUCUUGAUGGUGGCGGUAACAUUAUCGGCCACACCCACGUCACAGUCCAGGAUACCGGUGACAAUUUGAAUCCUGAUCAGCCCCUGGAUCCUCAGGUAUUUGCCUUCUUCAAAGGUAUCAACGAUGCUGGUAACGGUCAGGGUCUUCUGACUGCCAACGUCGAAGGCGGCUUACCUGAUGGCAACUACCGUAUCUGCAGUAUGUCUGCCGCUUCCAACCACCAGCCUGUCCUUAUGCCUGUUGCGCAACGAGGAGCUCAGGACGACUGCAUCCGUAUCACCGUUGGAGGCAACGGCGGCGGCGGCGGCGGUAACAAUGGAGGCAACGGUGGUAACAAUGGAGGUGACCAGAACAACGGCGGUGACCAAGCCCAAGAUAAUGGCGGCCAGGGAGGUGACCAGAACAAUGGCCAGGGCGGCGAUCAGAACGGAGGCCAAGGUGGUGACCAAAACGGUGGUCAGAACGGAGGCCAAGGUGGUGACCAAAACGGUGGUCAAGGCGGCGAUCAGAACGGAGGCCAAGGUGGUGACCAAAACGGUGGUCAAGGCGGUGAUCAGAACGGAGGCCAAGGUGGUGAUCAAGGCGGCGAUCAGAACGGGGGCCAAGGUGGUGACCAAAACGGCGGUGAUCAGGGAGGUGAUCAGAACGGCCAAGGUGGUGAUCAAGCCCAAGGAGGCGAUCAGAACGGAGGCCAAGGUGGUGACCAAAACGGUGGUCAAGGCGGUGAUCAGAACGGUGGUCAAGGUGGUCAAGGUGGUGGCUUUGGAGGAGGUGGUUUCGGAGGCUUCCAAGCUGCUUCAGCAAAGGAUGGCGCUGCCAACAAUACAACUACGGAGGCAUGA